AUGUCAGCUCAAAAAACUAUUGGUAUUAUUAUUGGUUCAACCAGAGAAAAUCGUGCUGGCUUUCAAAUAGCCAACUGGUUAUCUAGACAAAUGACUAGAAACAUUAAACCAGAAGAUAACUUAAAAGUAGAAAUCGUUGAUUUAAAAGAUCACCCAUUAACUUGGUAUAAUGAACCACAUCCACCAAAAGCUCUUAAACCAUAUGUUUAUCCAGAAACUAUUGCAUGGUCAAAAAAAAUCGACUCUAUUGAUUCAUUCGUCUUUUUAACCCCAACUUAUAAUGGAUCAACUUCAGGUGCCAUGAAGAAUGCCAUCGAUUAUCUAUUCAAAGAAUGGACUACUAAACCAGCUUUUGUUGUAAGCUAUGGUGGUGCAGGUGGCAGUACCUCAAACUCUUUCUUAUAUACAUUAUUAGGAGGUUUUAUCAAAAUGAGAUUAAUUGAUCAAAACAAAACAAUUUUAAUUUCACUUAAAAGAGAAUUUUACCACCCAGACACCAACCAAUUUAAAGAUAUUGAUACUGACUUAAUCAACUACGCUCAACACGUUGAUGUUGCUUUUGAAGAAUUAAAAAACUUAUUAAACACCCCAAUAGAAACUGCUGCCUCCCAAUAA